AUGUCUGCCGGUUUUUCUGACUUUGACGCUGGUCAUAGGGAUCUAGUGACUGUGACGAAGUUCAACUACUAUGGCAACCGCAUAGUUACCGCUUCGUCGGACCAUCGCAUGAAGGUCUGGGACCAGAAAGAUGGCGAAUGGCAGUUAACUGACACUUGGCGCGCCCAUGAUGCAGAGAUACGUGAUGCAACCUGGAAUGGGCCUUUCACUGGCCAGCAUAUUGGGAGUGUGGGGGAGGACAUGAAGCUGAAAAUAUGGCAGGAAGAUGUCACUCAGCCGCCGAACUCUGGCCGCCGUUUCAGAUCAAUCUUCCGCUUGAUGGCGCCACAACGGCAUCCAUAUGUCUCGCUUGAUUUCCGCAACAUUGACCUUGAAUCAUGGCUGGCCGUCAUAACGCGCGACGGCUUCCUGAGAGUCAUGGAACCUGUCAGCCCAGACUCACUCGCUGACUGGCAGACUGUCGACGAAUUCAGGGUCUGCGCCGCGCCCCAGCGCGGGGAAGAGACGAGCUUCAAAGUGCAGUUUCAUCACGACCCUAUAGAUAUCACCCACUCCAUUUUACCCUCCUGGGACCGGAAAAGCCUGUCUCUUGUAGUUGCGGCUAUGGACAGUGUGAAGAUCUUCCGGACUGAUGCCAACCGUCGCUUCUACCACGCUGUAGAAUUAAAAGGGCAUGGAGGGUUGGUUAGGGAUAUAUCCUGGGCAAAUGGCUCAGUUCGCGGCUAUGAUCUCAUCGCCAGCGGAUGCAAGGACGGCUUUGUUCGAAUUUUCGAGGUGUAUACCUCCCUAUCGUCCAACAAUGCGCGAGAUACCGAUCGCAACCACCCCCAAUCGUCCGCACAAUCUCAGUCGUCCCGCACCACAGCGCAGUCAGGGAUAGGCUCAGCUCUGGCCAAUCGUGCGCCUCUGUCCAUGGCCAGCCGGCCCGCAACGGGUGAUUCGCCGUUCAAGCAUUCUUACAAGGAAGUAGCUUGCAUCGAUAGCAAGCAUCUCGAUGUAUGGCAGGUCGGGUUCUCCUACGCCGGUUAG